GCCAAAUCGGUGCUAUUAAAUUGGCGAACACGCUACGAAAUCAUAUUCGGAAUCUCUCGUGGCCUCCUUUAUCUUCAUCAAGACUCGAGGCUUCGAAUAAUCCACCGGGAUCUCAAAGCCAGCAACAUUCUCCUCGACGGAGAGAUGAACCCCAAAAUCUCAGACUUUGGCAUGGCAAGAAUUUUUGGUGGAGAUGAAACGGAAGUGAAUACUAAAAGAGUUGUGGGUACAUACGGAUACAUGCCGCCAGAAUAUGCAAUGGACGGCGUCUUCUCGAUGAAGUCAGAUGUAUUUAGUUUUGGAGUUUUGGUGCUGGAAAUCAUUAGUGGAAAGAGGAACAGAGGGGUUUACAGCAGUUCUCCUCACAUGAAUCUUCUUGGCCACGUAUGGAGUCUGUGGAAUGAAGAAAAUAGCCUGAAUAUAGUUGAUGAAACAAUGAACUCUGAUUUCUCAGUUGAUGAAGUUCUGAAGUGCAUAAAAAUUGGCUUGUUAUGUGUUCAAGAGAGGCCGGAGGAUCGGCCACUAAUGUCUUGGAUAGUUCUGAUGCUGGCUGGUGACAGUGGAUUGAGAUUGCCUGAGCCUAAACAGCCUGGAUUUAUUUCGAGACUUGCGGUAGAUUCUGACUCGUCGUCGAGCAAACAAGAUUCAACUACUGUAAAUUAUGAUAUAUCAGUUUCAAUUAUUGAAGGAAGAUAGACAGACA